AUGCAAAUGGAAAAUUCAAAAAGUGAUUCUAUAUUACCUGUUUACAAUGAUAUGGCUUCAGUGAAACUCGAAGUUGAGAAGCCUACAUAUGAUCGUUAUAUCUUAGAUGAAAAUAAUAUUUUCAUUCCGGAUCGAUAUUUGACACGAAUGGCCCACAAUGGUCUACUUGAAAAAUUUAUCGACUUAGUCGCUGCCGUUAAUAUAGAAACGGAAAACUUCAAUUGCAAUUUAUUUAAAUUAAAACGUGAACAUGAGGCCACUUAUGAUGACGUUGAAUUGAAGCGAAUUAAAGUCGACAAUGAUGAUGAACCAUUGGCAGCUGAUAUUUCAAAUAAUGAAACCGAUCAAUGUCAUCGUGAAAUGACUUUACAAGAAAUAAAAAUUUUAUUGAAACUACAUCCAUGUGUAAACCUUGGCAAAUCAUUUGCUACCGGACGAAUGAAACGUCAACUUGAUGCUGGUAGAGUCGAUGUCUAUGCAUUACAAACAACCGUUAAUGAUCACCGUACCAUGAUUAAUUAUUUAAUUAAUAAUUCUAUCAAUGCUACGUAUGUGUCAGGUGCUAUUAGUGAUCAUCAUUCGAAAAGUUUUCCAAUAUUGACAAGUUGGCGGGAUAUUAUUGAUGUGAUUUUCAUUAUAAUAUUCAUCGGAUUUAUUAUGCACUUUUUACUAGCUCGUGCUGGUUUAAGUCCAUGUAAAACUUGCUUCUCCUAUUUUUCGAAAUGCGUAUUUCCGAAUAUCGACGAACAACUUCAACAACAGCAACAACUUCAACAACAGCUGCAACAACAACAAACACUUUUACAACAAUUACAAGGACAACUCCGACACCAAGAUCAAGAACAAACACAACAAGAAAUCAACAAAAAUUACUCAAUACGUCGAAAGCAGCAACAUGUUCCAACAAUUGCAACCCUUCACAAUGAUAUAGCUCCGUUUCAAAGUGGAUAUAUGUCAGAUUAA